AUGAAAGAGACGUUGCGGAAUCUGUGGCGAGGCUUUGGUACGUUUGAGAUUCGUGAUAUAGGCCCCAACCUCUUUACAUUCCGAUUCGACGAUAAGCAGGACCGUGAUCGAGUGCUGUUGGGAGGCCCGUGGAACUACAACCAUUUCGUUCUGGUGCUUAAGGUUCUGGAGGUUGAUGAAAGCCCCUCGCAGGUGCCCCUGGAUCGUGUUCCUUUUUGGGUCCAGGUGCAUGACAUGCCGGUGGGACUUCAUACGGAGGAGGUUGCCCGCUCUCUAGGGGUAGCGCUAGGUGGUUUCAUGGAUUGGGACCCAUCGGAGCGGCGUGGUCAUGGAGCUUUCCUCCGGGUUAAGGCAUCGGUGGAUGUCUCUAAACCACUGUUGCGUUUCAAGCUGUUGGGUCGAGGGCACAAGGAGCCCUUGCGAGUUACCUUCCGGUAUGAGAGGUUAGCCAACCUUUGCUAUCGGUGUGGGCAUAUGGAUCACUUGGUGAAGCAUUGUCGCAGCAAGGACAGGGGUCCUUUCCCUUUCGGGCUAGGUUUGAAAGUUGAGCCAGCAGACUUGUCUUCUCACAGGAAGAGAGCUUCCUCCUCGGCAUCCUCUCAGGUGAGCGAUGGUGGUGGCCCUUCUUCCGGGGCAGUUCCGGUGGCGCCGAAGGGUCCUGCACCGGGAGAGAAGGUUGUGCGUGGCGAUGGAGGAUCCAUGGAGGUGCAUGCGGCGCAUGAUGAAGGUGGAACAGAGAAGUCACGUGUUAAUAUUCCUACCCAACAAGUUGCUUGUGAUGCUACCUUUCCUUUUGUGGAACCUCAUGCAGAUGUUGUUGGUAAGAAGAGGAAUGCAGAUGCUAUGUGUGAUGACGUGGUUGCACCACCACUCAAAAAAGUGCUCUUUGAUGCUAUAUCGGCGGAGGCUGUUGAGCAGUCCCGCCGCGCACAAUGA